AUGCCUGAAAUUGCUGAAGUCUCGAGAUUGGUGCAUUUCCUGCGCCAACACCUGGUUGGCAAGAAGAUCGCAAAAGUCCAGGCCCCGGAUGAUGCCAACAUCUUCGGUAAGGUCGGGUGUAGUGGCCCAGCUUUCGAGCAGGCUUUGAAGGGACGCAAGGUUGUCGAGGCUGGGAGUCAGGGGAAAUACUUCUGGCUCAGGCUCAACGAUCCGGGACCGCAUGCGGUGAUGCACCUUGGAAUGACUGGUUGGAUCCAUAUACAGAAUGAUCGAACUGCCUAUACAAACUACUAUAAGAAGAUGAAUCCCGAAGAAAAGGAGGCGUGGCCGCCAAAGUUCUGGAAAUUUCAGUUAGAGACUGAAGGGAAGUCGCCGGUCCGGAUCGCCUUUACAGAUCAAAGACGUUUUGCCCGUAUACGCCUGGUGGAUUGCCCCGGAGCUGAGAUUCGGCAGAACUCACCACUUGUGGAGAACGGGCCUGACCCAGUCGUGGAUAAAGACACUUUCACGGAGCAAUACCUUCGACAUAAGAUGCGGAGCAGACACAAGCCCAUCAAGGCACUGAUCCUCGACCAGGCCAUCAUCAGUGGCAUUGGGAACUGGGUUGCCGACGAGUCCCUCUACCAUGCGAAACUGCACCCGGAGCAGUAUUGUGAUGAGUUUUCUGACGAUGAAGUCAAGAGGCUGCACGAUUCCAUCAAAUAUGUGUGUCAAACUGCGGUAGACUUGCUCGCCGACUCGGACAAGUUUCCGGAUACCUGGCUGUUCGACCACAGAUGGGGUAAGGGCUCAAAGUCAGGCUCACUCCCCAAUGGCGAAAAGCUUGUCUGGAUUACUGUCGGCGGGCGCACGAGCUGCUAUGCGCCAGCUAUACAGAAGAAGACUGGGCAUGUGGUACCAGGUAUCAAGGAGGAGCCGCUUGAGGAGGGAGACGCGAACGACAAGCCGAGCAAGGGCAGAACUAAAAAGGCCAAGACUGUAGUUGCCGACAAGGAGGAUGUUAAGCCUAAGAAGGGGAAGACUUCGACCACCAACGUUCAUGAAGACGAGGAGGACACCAGACCCAAGAAGAAGACAGCCAAGAGGUCGAAAGUUGAAGAUGCUGGUGAUGCGGAAGAGAAAAAGCAACCAUCAAAGAGGGCAAGAGUCGAGCAGCAGGAGGACACCAAGAAACAGAAAACUCCUACGGCCAAGUCGACCAAAAAUUCAGAUGGCAUUAACACAGUGGCAGACCUGUGGCGACGCCGCUCGUCACGAUUGAGCCGCGGUGCAUGA